UGACUUCCACGGGGCUGUGGAGUAAACAAAGCCGGUGUCAUGAAGACAGAGAAGUGAGAAGUAACAGUAAGUUGUGGGUCGUCAGAUCCUCGGUGUCUGUCUGUUUCUGGUAUCUUUGAUGAAACUAUGAUGGAGUAAUCUCAAGAAUCAGCAGGAGCAGUGUUCGUAAAAAAAAAAAGUUUAGAGGGGUUUAAAAAAUGAAGUUUUUGCUUUGCAGUGGCUGCACAUCAUACCUGCACAUCUUUUAUUCAGUUUUGCGGGCCAGUAAUGCUAAUCUGCACAUGUUUUGUGUCUAUGACUGACCUCAAAGCGCUACUUUCACUUUCGAUUAAACUAAGUAAACGCGACAGAUCCCGUGCUUUGUCUCUCUGGCACCAGAAAGUAGAAAACAAGUGAGUCUCAAGGGGUUUCCAGCUCCUUCCUGGAGAUGCAUAAUCAGGGGAGCCUGGUUAGGCGGUUGGGGGUUCCAGAUGUUUCACCAGGUGACAGGACAGCUGAAAAACAUCGGUUCAUUUCCUCAGACCUAAGCACGGAGGAGGGGAGGUGCUGUAGGUGUGGUGUGCCCCUCUCACCAGCCCGGACAGGCCGUCAUCAUAGUCCAGGACCAGAGGUUCCUGCUGAGUUUAGCAGACUGAUGUGCUGCAGAUCGAUGAUCAACAGUAUCAUUUAACCGUGAAAAUGUCUGAGAUGGAUUUCCCAGUGGAGGCAACACUACAUUUGAAAGAGUUUCAAGAUGAGAGAGAAGUGAAGAAUAUCCUCAGGUCGCAUGGCUUUGAGAUGCAUGAUCUAGGAGAAGGUCAGGUGCGUGUAAAGGGUCAUUUUUCUAAGCUCAAAGAGGUAAAGGCUAAAUUAGAACAGCUUCCCUUAUCACAAACCAAGAUGUCGCCAUCCUCUUCAUCCUCACCAACCCCAGUUGCAUCUUCUGGAGCCAUUCCCAAAAACUACAGUCACAGAGACAAGCCCCCACACGCUGCUCUAUCUUCCCCCACCUCCUCCUCCUCAUCAGCGCCAGGCCCUUCUCGUAGCCGUCCAGCCUCUCAUGGGUACGCUGCAGGCUCGUCCCCAGACCAGCGUGGUUCCCUCAGGCACGGAGAGAAGACUUUUGUCAUUGAUGCAGAUGUGUUCAAGUAUGCUGACCGGUUCAGGAAAAAAGAAAUGGACAGCAUCCUGAUCAGCCAUGAUGUGAAAAUGAAAGCACAGGAUUGUGGUGAUAUGGUCAACAUCACUUUAACGGGGGGGAACUCAAAGACAGCACUGAGUAAAGUGCAGAGCCUUAUGGUUUCUCUUAGCAAUACACUACGCACACAGGAAGUUCCUCUGCAGGACAUGUCUGAUGAUGGCAAAAUGCUUUUAACAAAAAUUAAGAAAAAAGGAAACGUCGACGGUUCGGUGCUGGUGUGCGAGAUGGGCGACAGGCUUCAUCUUAUUGGCUCAUCUCGCGAGAGCUUCUUGUUAAAGCAGAGGUUGCUGGACGGGCGUGACCAGCACGGACGCACGGGGAGAGCCUCAGCUAAAGGCUCCAGAGGAAGGAGCAGCUCCGCUCCACCGACUAAUCGUAAGAGCACAGAAACAGCUGCCAACCCUGAUACAUCGCCCGGUGGAGCCACAGGUUACUCCCCAUCGAAGCACCAAGAUGAUGAACAGAAAGAUGCCACAACUGGGCGGGAAGUUGAUGCUUUCCACAGUCGGCCAAGAGUGUGGUCUCUGUCCCGUGAAAAUAAAGAUGCAAAGAGGGUCAAUGGUAACCCGAAAGAGAGAGAAAGUAAACCUCCACCUCAGAAGUCAUCCAGGUUAAAAAACCUUUUAACAUUGAAUGAGAUAAAGAACACAUUUAAAAACAUAAAUAGAAAUUUAAAAAAGAAAUGAGAGAGAAUCUCUCUUGACACAAAACAGAGCACCGCUGCUCUUCUUGUGUGUGAGUAUUUAAAAGGGUCUAAAUGCAUGUUUUUUUUUCUUACUGAGUACCUGUGUGGUGUUACACCACUAAUACUGAAACCAGGGCUCAAGCUUGAAAGGAAUAUGCGUUUGCCUUUUAAGGAAAUGCAGCCUGGAUCAGUGGUUAGCUUAGCCUAGCAUAACGACUGGAGAAUGACAAUAAACCUGUUUGUUGUUUAUUUAAUCCAGACAAAACACGUGUUUUGUGGGUAGAAUAUGUCCUAGCCUGGUGCUGUUCCUGCAAAGAAUAAUUUGACAUUUAAAAAAAAUUAAUCUACAUAUUCUGAAAAGAGACAGAAGGUUUUAUUUUAUUUUGCAGAUGCCACCAGUGUGUCUGACUUGGCUCUGUUAAACUAACAAUACUGAAACAGAGCUCAUCAUUCAAACGCCUAAAAGCAUCUGAAACCAGAAGUAAUAAAAUGUCUGCAUAAAGCAUGAGACUGUGGACCUCCCCGUCACUAAAAAAACACACAUCAGUUUCCUGUUUAAUAAUUACAUACAACAACAGAGGAGGUAGAGGUGAGCCCUGCCUUCUUCCCCUUUUCUGAGACUGCUGGUCAAUAUGUAGUGGAUGGAGCCACCCAGUGAUUAGUCAUUUUAACGAAACAGCUCCAUCCUAACUUUUUUGUUAUUAUCUGAGGAGUUUCAAACCUCACUGUUACUUAAAAUUAACUAAAUGAAUAAAUAGUUUGUGUAGUGUUGUGAGCAAGCUUUCAAAAUCCAAAGAAAUGUGAAUCAAUGUUCUGUUCAAACAAGAAAAAAAGCUGUUUUCAUGUUUAAGGAGCUUAAACCAAAGGACGGUUUCUGUUCAUUAUCUGUUGAUGAUUGAAUUGUUUUAUUGCUGCUUUUUUUACACUCAGACUUGUUAGAUGAUGGUGUAAUCUGUCAGUCGAAGGUCAGGCCGAUGGCCGGGUCAGAUCUAAUUAUCCUCUGGUGACCCUUGAAUGAAGUCGGUCGUUUAUGCUGUUCAGACUUUGGAAGAUUUUCCAGAGGUUCAUUUGGAUAAAGUCCAGACUGCUUGAAGAAUGAAGGUUUGUGCCUUAAACCUAUCAGUGCUGGCAGAUACACCACUACCAGUACGCCUAUCUUUAUAAUAUCAGCUGUGUAGAUGUACCAGUUUAUCUCCGUUGUUUACCUUUAACUUUUUUAAUACUUUAAGUGUAAACAUUGAUUUAUUUCUGUUUUGUGGUGCAAUAUUCUGAUUUUGAUUCUGACACAACACUCUUCAAAAGUAGAUUUUUUAAACAUUUUAAACACUAAAAAUAAGCUUUACAUAAAAAGGAUUACACACUGACAUGUGCAGAGGAGCGAUAAUGGAUAUACUGGACAUGCUUAAUAUGAAGGGGUAAAAGAGGAAGACCAGGAUGUCGUGACGGAGGACAUGCAGAGGGUCGGUGUGACAGAGGGGGAUGAUAAGGACAGGGAGGACAAUGAGACUAACUGAAAAUACCAUGACUCUGUAUUUAAUAGUUAAUUAAACGUUUUUAUUGUCAACUCAGUUGACUGACAUCUCUUAAUCGUUAUUUUUGAUGGUCGCACCACCAUUGUUUAAUAUUUUCACACAUCAGUAUUUGCUCUGGAUCAUAAUGACUCACUGAAAUGCAAAGUAUGUGAAUGUAUAAACCAGUGAAUAAAAAAAAAAGCACUGUGCACAUUUUAAGGCUACGUGAUGUUUAUGAAAUGUGGUACACCUGUGUUUUUCUUCUGGAUCUUUUAGUGACUGUGUGCUCUGUGCUAUCACAUUUUCCCUGUAACACCAAUGGAGUCAGAAAAAGAUGAGGGGAAGCCAGAGCAGGAAGUGAAAAAGUCUCUGACGUUGAUCUGACCUGAGAGAGGAAGUAUUGAUGAGGAUCUAACAGGCUCACUGUAAUAACUGAAAGACCAGCUGAGUGUUU